CAACGUAAAAGAAGACGGGAGUGGAGCCAUCAACCAAGCAGCGUGUCGGCGACGCUUCUUAUAUGAAACGAAGGAGCACAGGAGAAGAGUCCGACGUCAGCCGCGCCACGAAGCCUCGCCUCAUGACCGCCAUGCCCGACCCGACUACGUACGAUGAAGAAGACGAGACGUCGCCGCCGUCGCCCGUCGAGAAGGACUCGGGCGCGCCCGAGAACGAAGACGACCUCGUCGACUUUGUCGUGCUCGGCGCCGACGAGCUGCCAGCACCGUCAACCAACUUUACGUGGAGCCCGAGCCUCAUGUCGGCGUCGUGGCAGGACAAGUACGCGGCCGUCGAGACGCUGCGGCAAACCAUCAAGUACGACCCUGCGUUCAUCCAAAGCGACGACGCACACAUCAUCGAUGCCACCAAGGACCUCGUCGUGCCCAGCGCACUCGACUUGCGCUCGACGCUGGCGCGCAACGCGCUCCUCUGCCUCGGCGAGCUCAUCCAGUGCACGCCGCAGUCGGCGCUCGUGCCCGUCGUGAUCCCGGCCCUGCUCUACCGGUCCGUCACGGACAAGAAAUUCAUGCAAAGCGUCGCGACCACGGCGCUGGAGCACACGGUGCGCUGCUGCGACCCGCUCGACGUGCUGGCGCAGCUCUUGCCGUUCUCGACCGACAAGAACGCGAUGCUGGUGACCAAGGCCGGAACGUACGUGGAACAGUGCCUGCUCAAGAGCGUUGCGCAGCCAUGGGAAGCUGCGCAGCUGCACGCGUGGAUCACGCCACUUGCGAACUUUCUCAACUGCCGCGACGUCCACGGCAAGCCCGCGGCGAAGCGCUGCCUCAUGCUCCUCCGCAAGACGUUUGGGGAUGCAGCAUUUGAAGCCGCCGUCGACGCGCAGCUCAGUGGUAUCACACGCGCCGAUGUGCUCAAGGUCUCGACGGCCGUCGCACGAAGCUCGAGCAUUGUACGGCCGCACCCGGGACAGAAGAAGGGCGGUAAACUCAGCAGUCGGUCGGGCCCGAGUCUAAAGGAGCGGCUGCUCCUGCAGCAGCAGCAAAAUCAGGCAGCAAAAACAGCGCCAGCGUUGCUUUAACGACACGUCGUGCUCGUACAAAC